AUGGAGGAGCAGUACAUUUCCAAACUGCACCCGGUAGUGGACUAUGGAGCUGGGGUCUUUCUUCUGAUCGUAGCCAUCCUGACAAUCCUUGGAAAUUCUGCUGUCCUUGCUACAGCAAUGAAACGCUCUUCCCUCCUGAAGUCACCAGAGCUGCUUACAGUCAACCUGGCAGUAGCAGAUAUUGGGAUGGCAGUCAGCAUGUACCCGCUGGCCAUUGCAUCUGCCUGGAACCACGCCUGGCUGGGAGGAGAUGCGUCCUGCGUAUACUAUGCCCUGAUGGGUUUCCUUUUUGGUGUCUGCAGCAUGAUGACGCUGUGUGCCAUGGCUGUGAUUCGUUUCCUUGUUACCAAUUCAUCCAAAUCUAACAGUAACAAAAUCUCUAAGAAUACUGUUCACAUCCUGAUUACUUUCAUCUGGCUCUACUCCCUGCUCUGGGCCAUUCUGCCCUUGGUAGGCUGGGGCUGCUACGGCCCCGAGCCAUUUGGCAUCUCUUGUACAAUAGCCUGGAGCAAGUUCCACAGCUCCUCCAAUGGCUUUUCAUUCAUCCUGAGCAUGUUCCUCCUCUGCACAGUCCUGCCUGCUCUGACCAUCGUCGCCUGUUACUUGGGAAUUGCCUGGAAGGUUCAUAAAGCAUACCAAGAAAUCCAGAAUAUCAACAGGAUUCCUCACGCAGCUAAACUGGAGAAGAAGCUGACGUUGAUGGCCGUGCUGAUCUCAGUUGGUUUCCUGAGCGCGUGGACGCCGUACGCAGCAGCCAGCUUCUGGUCCAUGUUGAACUCCGGCGACUCCCUGCAGCCCAUCGUCACGCUGCUGCCGUGUCUGUUUGCCAAGUCUUCAACCGCCUACAACCCUUUUAUUUACUACGUCUUCAGCAAAACUUUCCGUCAUGAAAUCAAACAGCUGCAGUGCUGCUGGGGUUGGCGGGUCCAUUUCUUCAGCGCUGACAACUCUGCGGACAAUUCCGUCUCGAUGAUGUGGAGUGGGAGAGAUAACGUACGUCUCUCCUCCAAUGCAAAGGUGGAGAGGCAGGGAGCUGCAAUGCACUGA